UUUCUUCUUCUUCGCUUAGGUCUUCUCCGCUUUAUUUUCUUCCAGUACCAGUAAACCGCCGCCGCCAGCUUCCGACUUCCUCCCCUCCGACGAUUGCGUUCCAUCUGUAGCAGCUAAACGCCAAACCGCUCCCCCAAACUUUCAAUCUUUAGAAUCUGGUAUUCUUGAUUCUUUAUGAACUUUUGAAGAUCAAGGAUGUUGCCAACUGAUGACUUGAAGAAGAUAUCUUUCACUCGUUCUAUAAGGGAUGGAGAUUUAGUCAUUGUUUAUGAGAGACAUGAUGUCAUGAAGGCUGUGAAAGUAUGUGAAAAUUCAACAUUUCAGAAUAGGUUUGGUAUGUUUAAACAUUCUGAUUGGAUUGGAAAGCCAUUUGGGUCCAAGGUGUUGAGUAACAAAGGUGGCUUUGUUUACUUGUUAGCCCCAACUCCUGAAUUAUGGACUUUGGUUCUAAGCCACAGGACACAGAUUCUAUACAUUGCGGACAUUAGUUUUGUAAUUAUGUUCUUAGAGAUAGUUCCUGGUUGUUUGAUUCUAGAAUCAGGGACUGGCAGUGGAUCUUUGACGACGUCUUUAGCUAGGGCUGUAGCGCCUACAGGACACGUCUAUACGUUUGAUUUUCAUGAACAGAGAGCUGCCUCGGCGAGAGAGGAUUUUGAGAAGACUGGCUUGACCAGCUUAGUCACUGUGGGAGUUAGAGAUGUUCAAGGUCAGGGCUUCCCUGAAGAGUUUGUUGGAUUGGCAGAUUCAGUUUUCUUGGAUCUACCUCAACCUUGGUUGGCCAUUCCUUCAGCUGAGAGAAUGCUGAAACAAGACGGCGUAUUAUGCUCGUUCUCUCCAUGUAUCGAGCAAGUUCAACGGUCGGCCGAAACUCUACGAUCUAAGUUUACAGAUAUAAGAACAUUUGAGGUAUUGCUUCGGACUUACGAGGUUCGAGAAGGUAAAACAGAGAGCAGCCAGGUUGAAGGAGGUGGUUCUGUCGAGCUUCCACCGUGCAAGAAGCGGGUGAGAUCAAAGCAAGCUAACAACACGAAUGGUGAUUCGAGUACGGUCAUGGUUAGGCCAUGUAGUGAGGCCAGAGGUCACACUGGUUAUCUAACAUUUGCAAGACUCAGAUGUCUCCUGGUCUAUGUCGAGAGAUUAUUAAAGGAUAAGCCCACAUAACUCCUAAUAUUAUGCAUUCGUUUGAGAAGAUUCUUGAAAUGAUGGGUUAGUGAGCUAGGCGAGAGGUAUGCUCACCUAUCUAACACAAGCUCAUUGCCGGUAGAUGUUGUUCUCUGAGCUCUUUUUUUAUAGAUUUUUUCAAAGUUUUAAAAAUGCGUCUACUAGGGAGAAGUUUUCACGUCCUUGUAAAAAAUGCAUCAUCUUUCUUCUAACUGAUGUGGGCUCUCACAAUCCACCUCUGUUUAAGGUACAUCGUCAUUGCUGGCACUCGUUCUUCUCUCC